UGCUGACGUCACGCUGUUUAUUCGUAUAUUUUUCCGGCGGAAUAUGAAAACAACAACAAUAUAUAAAGAGGCUUGUUUUAGCUUGUAUGCACAACUGAUCGCCAACCAUCUUGCUGUCCAUUCGAGGAUCAGAGAGGACUAUAAAUUACAAAGGUUAAAUUAAUUGCUGUUGCUAUUGUUAAAAAAUCAACCAUGAAAGAAGGUCUCGCUUUUGUUCUAGCACUAACCACAGCUUAUAUGCUGUCAAGUUCGCUUGUUACGUCACAAGCGUCACAAGUAUGUGGACCAGAUGGCAAUACUUAUCCCAAUCAUUGUGUAUUGGAGGAGACUGCUUGUGUAUUCAACGAAGGAACCCUAAUUUAUAGCGAAGGACCUUGCGAUCCAAAAUGUGCGCAAGUCUGCCCUGUUAACUACGACCCACAAUGUGGCACCGACGGCAAGACAUAUCCUAACCCGUGCCUGUUGAAAGUUUCCUUGUGUAAAACUAACGGAGUAGUGAGAUUGGAUUAUCACGGAGCGUGUUUAUUGCCAAAUGAAAAGUAAACAAGAAUCAUGAAGAUUUGAUGACAUACGUUUACUACAAUUGAUGUGUAGAGAGGGGGUCUUCAUUCGCGUAGUUUGUGAAGCAUGCUUGAUGUAAUUUUCGUUUGUUGUAGGGGAAUAUAUG